AAAUGAAAAAUUCAAUUUUUUCGCAAAAGUAAAAUUUUUCUAUAAAAAAAUAACUCGUAAGCUUCAAUUUGAUAUGUCGAUGAUAGGAAUCGGUCCAAUAGUUCAAAAGUUAUGACUUUUUGUAGUGGGAAAAAUGAGGAAAAAUUGUUUUCGAACCAUCGAUUAGUUCUGAAAAAUCAUAUUUCAAAAACGAAAAAAAAGCAUCUUUGAUAUCGAGAUAUUUUAUGUAAAAAUUCUCAGCUUUCAAUUAAAAAUAUAGAAAAAAAAGCGCCCCCUAGGGGAGAUUAAAGCCAUGAAUACAUUGAAAAACGACUACAAUCAAUAAUUGCGAAAAUAGGAUCCAUAUUACCUGCAAUUUCAAUAUUUCUCAAUUAAAGCUCAUUGGUUUGAAUUUGAUAUGUCGAUCAUCUAAAUCGGUUAAGUGGUUCGAAAGUUAUAAAUUUUUGAAAAAAGUCAUUUUUGAAAAAAUGGAAAAAAAUAAUUUUUUGGAUCACCCUAAAAUGGAAAUGGGCACCCUAAUGAAAAAAUAAAAAAAUACGAGUUUAAUGUUUUGCGAUAAAGAACAAAAUUACCACUUUUGACGAAGAUCUGAGAAUCACUAUAUUGGUUUGGCAUGGAAUGGCUGUAUAUAUAUACAAAAUACAAUCUUACGUGCAUCGCGAUGUACAAAGUAUUAAUGAAUAUGUGAAAAUUAACGUUAAAAAACAUUUCUAUAGAUCUGUACACUUUUACAGACUUUUCCACAUUUUUAACAGACAUUCACAUGUUUUUACAGACUUUUUUCAAAAAUCAUCUGGCAUCUCUUCCUUCCACUUUUUAUCGAAUAUUUUCAAAUCGCAGGAGUAAACAUUUACGUGACUCUGACUUCGUUUGUUUUUAUUUCGAUCGGAAAAAACGUUAUGUCAAAGGGAGGGGAGAUUAAAAAUGCGUUGCUCAGUGAAAGGUUGAGAUGCUCUUUCAGAGAUGCAAUGGUUAAUUAAACAAUUGACGGAAAAAUGUAGCUCGUUCAUUUUAUAAUUCUAAUUAUUUUUGCCCUUAACAACAAUACCUCUUUUAUAGUGUUGAUUAUCAUAAGAAAAAUAACACUCCUGAUCGUUGGAUCUCUUUUGACAUUUCAAUUGGAUCUUUUUUGACAGCCGUUUUGAUUCAGUCCGCACUACCCAAGGGAUUGCUAAGAUGGCCGCCUUUUAGUAGCCAGCAUAGAAAAUCAUGAGCAUAGAAAUCAUAACCUAAAAUUAAAAAUGAAGUGCUCCGCGCGAUUCUUCAGCUGUGAUUUUAAUUGUAAAUCGUCAAGAAUGCUUCCGGAUGAGUAACCAAACAUCGCUUGCCAAAGGAAACUAUCUAACGUAAUCAAAUAAUAACAUAUAUGACUCCAAACAUUAAACAAUACGUGAGCCCGCUAAGCGCGAGCCCUGUUCUAUGCUGCCUACGCUCAAUUUGCAUUGGAUGGGAUAGGGUUGCCAGAGCCCCGGCACUACCUAGGUGCGGGGCAGCUUCUCGUAGGUACGUUGGUCGGCAACCACCGUCUCCGAAUUCCGGUGUAAGUUUUUAAUAAUUAUUAAGCGUUGCUCGUUCGUGUACUUGAUGGAAUGAUGAAAAUGUUGAUUUUGACUAAUGUUUUGACAUUGACAGAUUAUUAAAACGUUAUAAGGGUUCGUUCGGAGGAUGGGUGACUACUUUUCGGUAGAGGUGGCUCAAGAAUACGCUGUUCUGGCAUCGAAGGCAAACCAGGAGCUAUCCGAGGCGAUAUGGGAUGCGCUCAUUCCAACCUACGGUUUACAUGCUACCAAGGGAAGGUCUAUAUUCGGGUCAUAUAAAGAAGAUUUCCUGGCUAAGAAUGAGGAUACUCCGGAGCGUUUGAAUCGUCUCGCUAGGAUCUACGAGCAGGAGCUGAAGAUCCCGUUGAAGAACAUGGAGGACUCGUACAUCGAGUACAAGCUACUGUGCGAGAAGUACAAAGAUACACUGCAGGAUCUGAACCCGGAGAAGUUUGAACGACGCUACCGGCAGGCUAAGGAGCUGCUUCAGCGGAUGCUUCCCUUUGAGGACAGACUGGUGGCACUGGAUCCGCAUUGCCAUCAGGAACGGGCUGAGUUGUACAGGGAGUACAUCAAAGAGUGUGGUGCGCAGCUGGGUGACGAUGAGCUGCAAGUGUUGUACGAGAGAUCGGUCGCAGACUGCUGCCUGGAUCCGAGUGUGUGGAGUGAUUACUUGAAAUAUCUUAACAAGUAUCCACCGGAUGAGGACGAAUACUCGCCAUCGCUGGUGUUCAGCCAAACAGCACUGGAUUUGGUGAACCGAGCGCUGCACAAUUGCCCAUGGAGCGCUGAACUGUAUGUGGAAAAGAUGCGUAUCUAUGAGCGCACGAAGCGUAACAAGGAGGAGCUACUGAAGAUUAUGGAAGAGGUGGCGACGGUGGAGUUUCAGGCACCUGAACCGGCAGUGAAAGUGUGGUUAGAAUACUUGACCUACUUACGGCGGCAAGCUAAUUUUGAAGAGGAGAAGGAAAGGGAAAUAUUGCGUUCGAACUUCGAGUUGGCCUGGAAUCAGCUCGGAAGAAGUUGGGGGGAGCUUGCUGAUCCGGAGUGCAAAAUUUUGCAGUUCUGGGGAAGGUUGGAGUAUGGACCUCUGGGUGAUCCACUGAAGGGACGUGAGCUGUGGCAGAAUGUGAUGGAUAGUUCGGACAAUUCUACACGCGUUGGGCUGUGGAUUGAGUAUGCAGAGCUGGAAGGAACUCGGGGAAAGGAUCCGACCAGAAAAGUGUAUCGAAAGGCUAUCAACUCGGAGGGUUUGAACGAUCCAGAAACGUUGGCUGCUGCUUGGAUGCGGUUUGAGAGAUGCAAUGGAUCUCUAGAGCAGCUAACUUCAUGCCAAGAACAGUGCAUUCCUAUGAUUCAAGCCUACUACAAAUCUUUGAGUCAACAAAGAGCAUCAAAGGGACGUAAAUCGGAUCCGAAGAAGGAAAUCGAUCAAACCCAAUCAACCAAAAAGAAAAACUUGAAGCGACCGCACGAUCAGCCAUCUUUCGGCGACGAUAAAGAUGAUCACUUCAAAAAGCCUGAAACGCCAAAGAAGGUGGGAUCAACAUUGGAGCAAAGCACCAAGAGAAUUCGUCUCGAAGAACCUCCCGUCAAGGAAGUGGACGUAUCUAGCGAUAACAAGCGUGUCUUUUUCAGCAACCUUAGCUUCGAUGCAACUGAGGAACAAAUUCGGGCUGCCUUCCCCGAGCUCCGGAUGAAAUCUAUCGAAUUGGUGUAUGGUUCCAGCGGCAAAAGCCGAGGUUUUGGUUACGUCGAAUUCGAGGACGAACGAGACGUACAGAAGGCUCUCAGUUUCGACCGCCGUCCACUCGAUGGACGCCCGGUAUUUAUUUCAUCUCUCGCUAGAGACAAAUCGAACCGGUCAAAUAAAUUCAAAUACGCGGAAAAAUUCGAACCUAAUAAGAUCUUCAUCAAAGGACUUCCGUUCGAGGCAAGUAGUGACGAUGUCCGCACAUUGUUCGAACCUUUCGGGAAAUUGAAAGACGUCCGCUUAGUGUACUAUCGGAGCGGAAAGUCGAAAGGUUUGGCCUACGUUGAAUACGAAAACGAGGCGGCGGCCAAGAAUGCUGUGUUGAAAAUGGAUCAGCACAACAUGAACGGUUUUACAAUCACCGUGGCACUAUCGGCUCCUCCGCCCCGAGGAAACCCUACGGCAACGAGUGCAACGGAACCGAUGACUUCGGCAGGUAGCAGCCUUGGCGGUGGGAAACGACAUGUCAUUAAAGGCGACGCGAAGCAAAUGUUGUCCACGAUGGUUCCGACAGCUCUCCUUAGGAAGACUGGUGGAGCCUCUGCUUCAUCGAAUGGAAACAAUCCUCCGACCAACAAGCCGAAAUCUAACGAAGACUUCAGAAAGCUACUUCUAAAGUAGAUUAUAGUUUUUUCUUCUUUUUCUGUAGAUGUAACUUUUCUUGUUUCUUUUGUUUCGUACCUAAAUGUUCCUGCCUGUGUGUUACCUUGUCUGUUAAGUACGAGGAAGUUUCUUCUUAUGUUGUGAGCAAGUAUUCUUAACGCAGAAUAUGUAAUGAAUAGUAUGUAUUUCUUUAUUACAGAAAAGUUUACUUGAGAAGUAAAAAUAAAAAAUAAAA